GUUCCGCCAUGCCCUCCACCUACCCGCAGCGGGCCCUGACGGUGCUGCUGCUCUUUGGGACAUUGGCAGCCGCCAUGGCCCUGCUCGCUUCCAGCCUCAUCUUCCAGCUGCCGUCGGGGCGCAGCGGUCCCGGUGCCGGUGCCGGUGCCGUUCGAGGGGCUCUACCGGAGUCGGUGGCCGCCGUUCUGCUGCCGGUAUCGGCGGUGCUGGCUUCGCUCUGCUUGGUUCUGAACCUAAGCUGCCUCCUCCUCUGCCUCCUCCACGGCUACUUCAGCACCGAGCUCUGCCGGGGGCAGCGCGGCCCCGAGCGGGCAGCCUGGUUCCUCCUGGACAGCCGGAGGGUUCGUCACGCAGCCAUCGCCUUGUUCUGCUGUGGGGUCUCUGUCUACCUGGCAGCUCUGGCCAUCUCCAUGCUGCUGCUCUUUGAGCUGGAGGGAGGCAUUGCCAGUGCCUGCAUCCUCUCCUCUGGUGUCCUUGUCCUGCUCAUCACGGUCACACACGCCCUGAUCCGAGCUUCCCAAGUUUCCCACCACAUUCCCUCUGAGAUUUCCCACACCCUUUAUGAGAACAACUCAGCUCAGCCUCCUGAAUCCUCCACCAGUGACCUCAACAACAAGAACCUGACUGCUGCUCCUGCUUCCUCAGCAGAGUUCCACCGGGAAUUCUCCUUCCCUCUUUUCCCAGGAGGGAAAUCUCCAGCCAGCAGCCACCUCACCUCUUCAGCCAGCCCUGGAAUUCCCUCCGAGCAGGAAAGCUCCAACCUGAGCAGGACACACAGGACACUGGAGUCAGGGCUGCUGCAGGCUCAGGGGAAGCCCUGGAAUGGGAUCAGGCAGGAAAUGAGGAACGUGCUGGCCAGGAAACCCGGUGCCUCGGGCAAGGACUCGACUCUGGUGUGAGUGGAACCUUUUCCCCUCCUCCCUGGGGAGCUGCAGGGAAACAGGGACAAGAUUUGUGUCAUCCUGAGAGCUUCAGACACGUCCUGUCCCAGCAGAGCAGCAGGGAGCUCCUCCAUCCUCAUCAUCCUUAUCCUCAUCCUCCAUCCUCAUCUUCCUCUUCAUCCUCCAUCCUCCAAUCUCAUCCUCCUCCAUCCUUCUCCUCCUCAUCCUUCAUCCUCCUCCUCCAUCCUCCUCAUCCUCCUCUUUCCCCUUCAUCCUCAUCCUCCAUCCUCA